AGCAUAUAUCCUGACACAGAGAGACCAACAAAAGAGGAAGGAAGGUUUAUUCACAAGACAACUGGGUAGACGUGUAUAGCUGUGUUGAAAGGCACAACACUCAAAAUAACAUAAAGGCUUAUUUUCUGCAACGACUGGCAAACAAUAUAAAACACAGUGAAGAAGAUGGUGGCCAUGACAUUCUUGUUCCUCUGCUUCUGGGCUGCAGGUGUCCACGGUGACCUCAGCCGUAUCCAGGUUACUCUGGAGCCAGACAGGCCCUCUGUGAGGGUGCAGCUCUCUCACACCGCCUCCCUGCGCUGCUGCUACUCAGCCACAAGGGGAGCUGUGGAAACCACCUGGUUCAUCAGCAUCCAGACGGUCAACAGCACGUAUGCCACGCAGGGAGUGGACCGGAGAGACAACCGUGUGACGGUGGAUGGGGGGAACCUGACGGCGGCAGGGGUCAUGUGUCACACGCUCAUCCUGAGGGAGGCCCGUCUGAACGACUCAGGGUUGUACCAGUGUUUUCUCAAUCACAGCGCCCUGCGGCACUCUGUGUACACCCACGGCACCUUCCUGCAGGUCUACAGGCCGAUGGUGAAGAUUCUAGACAUCAGUGAAAGCACCAAGAACAGGAUCCUGGCUGCUGAGGGAAUGUUACUGAUGGUGGUAGUGCUUCUGCAUGGUACCAUGAUGCUCUGUAAGACGAACAAACUCAAUCAACUGAAGAAGAAAAGGGUAAAAAAUGAAGAGAAUAUCUAUGAGGGUCUAAAUCUGGAGGAAUGCUGCUCCACAAAUGAUCAGAUCCAGCGCUCUCUGGUGCAGGGCCCCAACCAAGACGUGGGAAACAUGAUCAUGGAGGAGGAAAUCCAACUGGAGAGAGAAGCCUUGAAUGAGAGAGGGGAGGAAAAGAGGGUGGGAGAAGAGUAAUUUGAUAGAACAGAAUUGUGGUGAGGGUUUUGAUAUGAAUUUUCUUCAAAACUGCCCCCCCCCUCCCUCCACUUAUGUGAGGUGACCUGCGUUUUCCUUGCAGCCUUUGCCUAUAUUUGAAUCUCAUUUCUUAGUGGACCAAAAAGACAGUAACCUACAAUGUCUGAGGGAAUUUUGCUUUCAAUUUAGCCUUUCAUUACAAAUGCCAAUACCUAAACACUUUAUAUUCAUAAGAUAGAUUUUUUUUCUGCAUGUUUGCAUUUUCUAUGCUUUUGUGUAUGCAUUGGCCAAAUGUUUGUUUCCCUCUCCAAUCUCCAUAAUUCAACGCCUGAAUUGUGCUUAGUAAAUAAAAUUAUAAAACUGA